AUGACGUUUCUUUUGCGUCACGCAUCUAUUACUAAAAGACAGGACACCGACACCACGAGCCAUCACUGUAGGGAAGCAAGAAGCGGGGGAAGCUGCAGAACUUAAUAGUUUUAGGGUUUAUAUAAUCGCUACUGUUCUCUAAGAUUUAAAAAUGGCAGGUGUGAAGGAGCAUCUGAUCAAACAUGUGCUGAAAGAAGAAGCUCCAGUCUCCAACAACAAGAUCACUGUAGUAGGAGUUGGUGCUGUUGGUAUGGCAUGUGCCAUCAGUGUCCUUUUGAAGGAGUUGACAGAUGAGCUUGCACUGGUUGAUGUGAUUGAGGACAAACUGCAAGGAGAGACACUGGAUUUGCUGCAUGGCAGUCUCUUUCUACAUACACCAAAGAUAGUAUCUGGCAAAGAUUACAGUGUCACUGCCAAUUCUAGACUUGUUGUAGUUACUGCUGGUGCUCGACAGCAAGAGGGAGAGAGUCGCUUGAACCUGGUGCAGCGCAAUGUCAAUAUCUUCAAAUAUAUUAUACCCAAUAUUGUUAAAUACAGCCCAAACUGUAUAUUGCUUGUUGUGUCUAAUCCAGUGGACAUUUUGACUUACGUUGCCUGGAAGCUAAGUGGACUCCCCAAGAAUCGUGUGAUUGGUAGUGGAUGCAACUUGGAUUCUGCUCGUUUCCGUUAUGAGAUGUCACAGAUACUAGGAAUUCAUUCAUCUAGCUGCCACGGAUGGGUGAUAGGAGAGCAUGGAGAUUCUAGUGUGGCUGUUUGGAGUGGUGUUAAUGUUGCUGGUGUAUGCCUCAAGACUUUGAACCCUGAGAUGGGAACAGACAAUGAUCCAGAGCACUGGAAAAAGGUCCACAAACAGGUGAUAAACAGUGCUUAUGAAGUUAUCAAGCUGAAAGGUUACACAUCCUGGGCCAUUGGAUUGUCUGUAGCUGACCUAGCGCUAUCCAUUUUCAAGAAUUUGAAAAAAGUGCAUCCAGUCUCAACGCUGGUCAAUGGCAUGCAUGGAGUGACUAAUGAUGUCUUCCUCAGUGUGCCUUGUGUGCUGGGGAAUGCUGGAAUUUCUGAUGUGGUGAACAUGAUUCUGAAACCUGAUGAGGAACAGCAGUUACAGAAGAGUGCAGAGACUCUCUGGAGUGUCCAGAAGGAUAUUCAAUACUAAAUGUGAACUCUGUCAGUACUUCAGAAAAUGCAGUACAGUGAAGGUUAACUGUAACCUUUUACUUAGGGUCAAUUGUUAGUCUGCAUUCCCUCCAGAUUAGUCACUGGCCCGUAAUGUACUUAGUUGCCUGUAUUCUCUCUGCAUUUUUUGCAUUGUGCUUGUUUUUGUAUUUGAAUGGGACCGAAAUAAUGUACAGGCCAAGUCGUACAGAGAUUGUGGAAUGCUAGAAGCCAGAUUUAAUCAAGUUUUGGUUUCUUUGCAAUCUGCCUGCACACUAUGUAGAACAUAAGAAGUACUGUUACAUACUUUGGAGUAAGUUUUAUGAGGAGUAACAGUCUUCCCUCACACUGCAUCAUACACCGAACAGAGAAUGUGAACAGACAUUAGAGCUGUUCAUUUGAUAAUUUCAUCUACUAGUAUUUCGUUUUUGAUCUGUUCUGCUUCCCUUCAGUUCAUUAAUUUGUUAAAGAUGUGUUGUGAAUAAAGUCAAACUGAAACACCAA